CCUGAAGCUCCCCCUCUACCUCCCAGCACCCAGCGCCUCCUGCCCUGGCCUCCCAUCAGCUACCACUUUCUAGAAAGCUUUUGCCCCUGGCAUGUGGCACCCCGGCCGCUGGGGCUGGCUUAGGAGGCAAAAGAGCUGCAGGGGUCACGACCAGCCCCUGCCUCUGGGGAGGCCCUGUGAUGGGAGCCAGGGUUCUCCCGGGACACUUAGUUUCUCCAUCUGUAGGAUGGGAGCGCAGGGCCCGGUGACACAGAAUCUGGGCUUCUGUCUCCCUGGCUGACAGGUGGGGAGGUCGGAAUCCCUAGAGAGAUUCUCGAGGUUCAGGAGGUAUGAAUUAACGUUCUUCUGUUCAGCCAGCUACUCCUCAAGGAGCUGUAGCUUUCUCCUCGCACUUUCAUCCACCUAAGAGCUGGGGAAGGGACCCUGGCAUCCCUGGCUCCUGGCUGAGCAGGGGCCUGGCCUCGGACAGUGAUGUUCAUCCAGAAGCCACCUCUCCUUGAUGCCAAUCUCCACUUUCCCAGGCCCGAGCUGGUCUGGGGCCGUCCACGCUUCAUGCUGGGGGCUGAGCCAAGUCCAGGACACUCUGGCCCACAGCCCCCGUCCCAGGCACUUGGGACACACCUCCCCAUACAAGUGCCCGUGUCCAUGUCUGCCUGGCCCCAUAAGUGCCGGGGUCUUCUUCCUUAUCACCGCCAGUCUCACUCCACCCACCAGAGUCUCCAGGGCCAGGCGGGCCCCACAUCUGUGAUGAGCAUGUGGAUGUGCCUGCGAGAAAUGUCCACAUGUGUGGAUCAAUAUGCGCACUGGACCUGAUAUGGGACCUUGGAGGAAUUCCUCACCCUCUCCAGGCCUGUUUGCCCUGUUGAAAAAUGAGCAAGAUGGACUCGUUGAUUUCUGGUGCCCUGCCAGCACUAACAUUCUCGAAUAUUGCAGGGGGUGGCACACUUGCCCAGAUGAAGCAAAGCCAAACACUCCAAACCUCCGUCCUAGGGGUCAGCUGGGGUCUGGAGAGAUUCUGGACCAUGCAUCACACUCUGGGCAUUCAGAACUAUGCCCCUUCCCCAGACUCCCAGCAAGUCCCAAAAGGCCAGCUGCACAGAUCUUGACUCGGAGUGACAGCCAGUGUCUUGGAAAGCCCCCAGCAGCUGCCCCAUGGGAAGACCACGGGGCCCUCUCAGACCCACCAAUGACCUCUGGAGCCAUCCUGAGCAAAGGAGACAGAGGGGGCAGACCAGACACCCUUGUGCAGUCUGCUCUCCAGCACCUGCUGUCCAAGUCUGUGCCACAAACAUCGUGGACAGUGAGGGCUCCUGGGGGCCCCCAGAAAGUACAAGAAGGCUUUGUAGGGCACCUGAGAGGGGUGCAAGAGGCGGGUACUUUGGGGGUUGCCUUCCCACCCAGCAGCUGCCUGGUCCCUGAGGGAGUCACUGCCCAGGCCCGCUCGCAGCCCUCUGCCAACCAUACCCCAGCUAGGUGAGCCGCGGGGGUGCCAGGGGAGCGAGAGCCAUGGCCAAGACUCCUGGCAGGAGGAGAGCCAGAAGUGGGCACCAGCCCCCUCUGCCGGGCCCAGGAGAGGGAGGAGGUUCUCACUACGGUACCAAAGAUGUAAUCACCUAGGUUUACAAGUAUUUUUAGGACUCACAUUAACUCACAUUUAUACAGCAGAAGUGCUAUUUUAUAUGCCAUCAAAUUUUCCUAUCUGUGUACUUUUUUUUUUAAGAGAAAGAUUUUAAUAUUAAACCUGGUGCUUCUCACUCAUGG